GUCAGAUAAUCAUGGACCUGCAGCAGUUUCUUAUGUGCCUGUCCCUGUGCACAGCCUUUGCCUUGAGCAAGCCAACAGAAAAGAAGGAUCGUGUACACCAUGAACCUCAGCUCAGCGACAAAGUUCACAAUGAUGCUCAGAGUUUUGACUAUGACCAUGAUGCUUUCUUGGGUGCAGAAGAGGCAAAGAGCUUUGAUCAGCUGACACCAGAAGAGAGCAAGGAAAGGCUUGGAAUGAUUGUAGAUAAAAUAGACGCGGAUAAAGAUGGGUUUGUGACGGAGGGGGAGCUGAAAUCCUGGAUUAAGCACGCCCAGAAGAAAUACAUAUAUGACAAUGUUGAGAGCCAGUGGCAGGAGUUUGAUAUGAAUCAAGACGGCUUAAUCUCCUGGGAUGAGUACAGAAACGUGACCUAUGGCACUUACCUGGAUGAUCCAGACCCUGAUGAUGGAUUUAACUAUAAACAGAUGAUGGUUAGAGAUGAGCGGAGGUUUAAGAUGGCAGACAAGGAUGGGGACCUAAUUGCUACAAAGGAGGAAUUUACAGCUUUCCUGCACCCUGAGGAAUAUGACUACAUGAAAGACAUAGUAGUACAGGAAACAAUGGAGGAUAUAGAUAAGAAUGCUGAUGGUUUCAUUGACCUGGAAGAGUAUAUUGGUGACAUGUACAGCCAUGACGGAAAUGCUGAUGAGCCAGAAUGGGUGAAGACAGAGCGAGAACAGUUUGUUGAGUUUCGAGAUAAGAACCGAGAUGGAAAGAUGGACAAGGAAGAGACCAAAGACUGGAUCCUCCCUUCAGACUAUGACCAUGCAGAAGCAGAAGCCAGGCACCUAGUCUAUGAAUCAGACCAAAACAAGGAUGGCAAGCUUACCAAGGAGGAGAUUGUUGACAAGUAUGAUCUAUUUGUGGGCAGCCAGGCCACAGAUUUCGGGGAGGCCUUAGUACGACAUGAUGAGUUCUGAGCUGCAUACAGAGGAACCUACAUUUCUUCAAAAGUAAUUUAUUUUUACAGCUUCUGGUUUCACAUGAAAUUGUUUGCGCUACUGAGACUGUUAUUACAAACUUUUUAAGACAUGAAAAGGCAUAUUGAAAUAAUGAAAACCAUCCCAUCCCCAUUCCUCCUCCUCCCCGAGGGACUGGAGGGAAACCAAGGAACAACUCUGAUUAGUACACUUGUGUUUGUAGAUUUACACUUUGUAUAAUGUAUAACAUGGUGUGUUUAUUUUUGUAUUGUUCUCUGGUCGGGAGUAUGAUAUGAAGGGUCAAAGCCCACACUUGGAGGCAAACAUUAACCCUUUACUCUCUCAACCCCUUUCCACAUAUUUUUUAUAGUUCUCACUUAACUAAUUUUUUUAAAGCCUGAGAUCAAUAAGACAUGUUCAGAAGAGGGGAAAAAAAAAGGAAAAACAUUUACUCCGUGGUUUGUAUUUAGAGAGAUCAUGCUUAAUCUUGCCUUUUGAAAAGUCUGACAUUUUACAAGUCAUAAGGGCCAUGUAUUUCUAGUCACUUGGGCCCAACUGCUUAGCCUGCCAUUAUCUGGGCAAGAACAGAUCCCUGUGCUGCAGGACGUCCUGGCUCAACUUGACUUCAUUCUGCUCCCCUGUAGGACUGGCUGUUUGCUAAUUUUGUCAGGCACAGCUGUGAUGGGAAGAAUAGGGCCAGUGUCUUGAAAAUCAGUGAAUAGCUCUUUACAGAGCUAUUUCUAGCUCUUUAUAGAUCUCUUUCAAACUAGAAGCAUCUGGAACAUGAAAGAAAAAAACAAGUGUCGCAGGGCAUGCAUUUUAUUUUCAGUGGUACCUUUUGAAAUCACUGCAAGGGCCCUGGAAUGAAUCUUGGUUUCACUGCAAUUAAAAAUUACUCCUUUCCGCCAGGCGUGGUGGUGCAUGCCUUUAAUCCCAGCGCUCAGGAGGCAGAGGCAGGCGGAUCUCUGUGAGUUCAAGGCCAGCGUGGUCUACAUAGUGAGUUCCAGGACAGCUGGGGCUACAGGGAGACCCUGUCUCAAAAAGACAAAAAAAAAGAAAAUUACUCCUUUCCAUCAUGUCAUCAAAAGUGCCUUUAACAGGAGAAAUGAUCACAGAAUGGGAAUUUUAUAUAGACUGUUUGAACUACCUUAUGAGAAAGCAUAGAACCUCCUGAUGCAGUGGAGAUUUUUUUUUCCUUCCUCUUCUCUUUUGGACAGUGGCUAAAUAGCAGUAUUAGUUACAAGCUUGGUUGCAGUGUUCUUAUCUUGUGGGCUGGUUUCCAAAAAACACAUGCUGCUGACUUGACCAGGGAUCCUCAUACCUCAGAGUGCAAACCACUCGCUCCCAGGCCUCUCGUCCACCAGAGCUUGGGUCAGACUGGAGGAUGGAAGAACCUAGAGAGGAGGCUCUUUGGUUUGAGGACCACUCCUCACCCUUCCUGCCUUUAACCCUUCUACCCCAUCUGUCAUCUCCUUUUC